UGUGCUCCUGACUAAACUGUCCUCCUCAAGGAUCUUCAGGUACAUUCACACCCCCAUUUCAGCUAAGCAUGAUUAGCUCUCCUUAUUUUGUUUCUUAUAUACUUGCAUGUUAAGCACCAUUGCCCCUCUCUCUUCCUCUCUUCUAUCUCUUUCACUUUGAUUUCUGCAUAUUUCAAAACCCACUUUACAGUCACUUUUGCUGAAGCUUCUCUUGUCUCGCUUUCUCUCCCUCCACCUCUCUGAACAUCAUCAUCUCUCUCUCUGCCUUCAUAGCUAGCCAGCCUUGGAGCUGGUUCAUGGAUAUUGAACCCUUGUGGGCUCUUGGGGGGUGGUUUAUUUUUCCAAAUUGCAUGGCCUCAGCACCUAAAUCCAUCUCUGAAUCCCACACAACAUCAACAAAGUUACACCCUUUGAUUCUAUCCCUUACCCUUGUUUUCGUUCUGCUCCUUUUUCUUGCCACCCCAUUAUCAAACCCAUCAACGAUGGCAUCGAAAAGGCUUCUCUUGGCAGAUACCUCUGCUACUACCACUACAGAUUUGCAGCCAAAGAAGACCCAGAACUCGCACACGGGUACUUCUUCAACUUCGACUAGAGCAAGAUCAGAGUUUGGAGCUGAAGCUCAUGAAGUUCCCAGUGGUCCAAACCCCAUAUCAAACUAGCUAGACAAAAAGAUGAUAGACCACCACUACUCGAUGAAGAUCCUAACGGCAAGAGUUUUCAUGGUUUGUCAGAUCUUUCUGGUUGUUAAUGGUUUGAGUUUGCCGUUGAUUUAAACUGCCUAAGCCCAUCACUCAUCAUAUAACUUAGCAUUACCCCCUUUUUUUCUGGCUAGAGAUCAUGUAUAGCAAGAGACACUGUUUAAUUUAUAUUCUAUGUAAUAUCCGUCAAUCUAUAUAGUUUCAUAUAUAGAUGAUGAUGGUACCAUAAAUGCAGUGGGUGGUAUAUAUGGA